UGAGGUUAUUAAUGUUGUCCUGUAACACCAAACCCUAGAGUGUAGUCGCAGCACAGCAGUGUUUAGAGGGAGGGAUUUGGAGGGAUCUGGCAGCCGGGUCAGUGAUCUGCAGCUCGUGCUGUGAGAGCUGCUAGCUCUGUCUCAAACUUACUCCUGCGCUUCACCUUCAGCGGCUCUGAGGAUCCGGGCUGGGGUUUGUUUAAAACAUGUUAUCUUCUACAUGGAACUUCAUCAAGCGUCAUAAAAAGAAGUUUAUUUUCGCUGGAGCUUUUGCUGGAGGUGUGUACCUGCUCGGGAAGUAUGCCCAGAGAAAACUCCAGGAGAUGCAGGAGCGUGAGACGGCGGAGUACAUCGCUCAGGCUCGGAGGCAGUUCCACUUCGAGAGUAACCAGAGGACGUGUAACAUGACGGUGUUGUCCUUGCUCCCCACCCUGAGAGAGGCGAUCAUACACCACCUGAACUCCGAGAGUCUCACGGCACUGCUGAAGUCCAGGCCAGCUAACAAGAUCGAGAUUUGGGAGGAUCUUAAGACAAUCAGUUUUACUCGAAGCAUUGUGGCUGUUUAUAGUACCUGCAUGCUGGUGGUGUUACUUCGUGUUCAGCUCAAUAUAAUCGGUGGCUACUUGUACCUGGACAACUCAGUAACUAAAAAUGGAACGACGCCUUUGGCUCCUCCUGAAGUCCAACAGAAGUAUCUGUCAAGUAUCCAGCACCUUCUGGGAGACGGGCUGAUUGAGCUGAUAACCGUGGUGAAGAAAGCAGUGCAGGAAAUCCUAGCACCGAUCUCUUUGAAGCAGAGUCUGUCUCUGCAGGAGCUAGAGCAGCACAUAAUUCAGAUCAGACAGCUAGUGGAGGAAGACUCUGGCUCGUCCAAAUUCAGACCGCUGUCCUGGUACAUGAUGCCUGAUGAGGAGAACACGCUAGCUGAUCAGGCUUGCGGUCUGACCGAGAAUGACGUCACAACAAUAAAGCUACUAAACGAAACCAGGGACAUGCUCGAGAACCCAGAUUUCAGUACCAUACUCAGCGCUUGCCUGAAUCGGGGCUUCAGCCGUUUUCUUGACAACAUGGCGGAGUUUUUUUGCCCCCGUCAAGGAGACUCCACCCCCAGCAGCACACCUGAUAGUCUCUUACAUGUAAGUCUCCCACUCGCCAAAAUAAUUCCCAUCGCCAAUGGACAGAUUCACUCGAUAUGCAGUGAAGUCCCCAGUCAGUUUGUUCAGGAUCUUUUAAUGACGGAACAAGUGAAAGAAUUUGCAGCCAAUGUUUAUGAAGCUUUCAGCAACCCUCAUGAACUGCAGAAGUAAACGCUGUUUAAUGGGGAAAACGUACACUUGGUGGAAAGCUGUGUCGUGAAUGGCUUGCCGUUUCUCCCUGUGAACCUGGAUGACUUUUUCUUCCCCAAGUUAUAACUGAUGAUUGUUAAUGGUUGGAGCUCUGUUUUCAUCACUGGUCUUUUUUUUCCCUUUGAUUUUCCUUGAUUUUCUUCCUAAUUUAGACAGCUCUCCUCUAUCACACGACAGCCACCAUCCAGGGAGGGCGAAGGCUAUCACGCGCUUCCUUCCGAGGCCAGUCGACUGCCUGUUUUCGAACUGCUGCUCAUGUAACGUCAGGGGGCGGCGUAACACACCUGGAGGAAAAUGCUAUCCGCCUACUUCCGCAUACACGAGCUCACGGACGCCCGUGAUUGGCGAUUGAUAGGGGAGAGAAACUCUCAAGGUCUUUUUCAAACCAUAUAUUUUUUUUCACAGUUAAGCUGGAGAAUGGCCUGUUUUCUUGUCAUUUUCUUAAAAGCCCAGAAAACCUUUUUUUUUUGUUUUGUUUUGUUUUGUUUUGUUCUGUCUUAUCUCUGAACAGCAUUCCAUGCACCUAUAUCAGCUCCAGAACACAGCAAGGGAGUUGAUACAGAACGUGUGAAAAUGGUGGACUGGAUUGAUCAUUUCUGAUUAGAGCUUGGGUUGGCCUGAUUCUUAGACAAAGUUCAAGCCUAAAAAGUGCUGUCAGCUGUGACUUUCUGGAUUUUCUAUCGAGCUGUGAGACUGAGUGUGCUCAGUGUUGCAGGCACUAGGUUUUAGAUGGUAGAUGCUGCAUGAUCCAAACCUCAGUUCUUUUGGUUUAAUUUUUUUUUUAACCAAACCUGCAAACCUGAAAUCAUCAAAUUAAUUGUAAUAAAUGUGAUGACUUUUCGCUAACAUAAACAGUAAGUAUAAUAGGAAAAACAAAGAGGGACUAACUGAAUCUUAACUUAUUGACACUACUGAAGAAUAUUAAAAAUAAACGCAAACAAAUUCUUAUCCUUGAAAAAUAAAAGAUUACUGUUAC